GUUACUGAGGAGUUCGCGUAGCCGACGUGGAAUAGCUAGCACGUGGGCGUCGACGUGAACGGCUGCAGACCGGCUAUAAAAACUCCCAACGCCGCGGACCAGACGUUGGGAUCGCCGCCAUCAAUAGCGCAGAGUCGACUGAGGCGCACAGCUGCUUGGACAGCGCUAGCGACAUGGACCGUGAGCCCGGACGCCAACACGAAGACUCCGGUUACCUCAGUCCGGGAGUCGACGAGCUCCAGGAAGAACCUGGUACGAAGCCCCCCGAGGUCUCGGGCACCGCAACAAGUGCCUCCGUCGAGGAGAAGUCGGGAUCAGAACCUGAGCCGGGAGCGGCGGCGGCGGCAGCAGCAGCAGAAGAACAGGGCCAGGCUGGGGCGGGAGCUCCCGACCCCAUGGUCGACGAGAUCCAGAAGGGCGGCAGCGGCGGCGGCGACGGUGACGAGGAGGAGUUCCCACAGGAGCCGAUGCAGGCGGACGCCGAGAAUCCGCAGCCCUCGGACAGGGGGCCUCGUCGCCGCCGCUGCUCGUUCAGGCGGCUGAAACUGACGGAGCUGAAGAGCGUUUUCCAGCGCAGCCAGUACCCCAAUGUGUUCGCUCGGAAGGAGCUUGCAAUUCCAAUCGAUGAGAGCAAAACCAAAGUGCAGGAAAGUAAGCCUGAAGAAGACGACGACGAUUUGUGAGGGCAGCCAUUAUAAAACCUGCCUCAAGUCUUUGGACACUUCAGUCCUAGACAUUCUCAAGUUUGUUUUUUCUUUUUUUGAUGCCUUUUCUAUGUUUAGCAAAUGAGUUUUGAGCUUUGGGGGCUUUGGCAAGUGGAAAUGGGAUAAGUAAACACCAGUUUAUGGAAAUUGCCAAUUAUCAGAAGUAAUGUGAUUUCCUAAAAGAGCAAGAAAAGGAAAUCACUGUUCCUAUUUCCUGUGAAAAAUUAAACAUAAUAAAGUUCAAUUUCCUUUAUUGAA